UACAAUCUGCAAUUUGACAUUCUAGAGUUUAUGGGUAAGGGGAAGUGAAGUUGCUGUAGACCACGUGAUCAAAACAAAUGCUCAACUUCCGGGGAUGACUUCUGACUGUAUUGCAGCUCACACUCUGUGAGAUUUAACAAGGAAGAAAAGGAAGAAGAUGGAGGAAUUCUCUAUUGGGACAGUGGAGGCAGUGUUUUUAGGUUCCAGUAUUGCUUUCUCAGGCCUCUUUUAUUAUUUAUACAGAAAGAAACGCAAAGCUGUGGACAAACUUAACGAUGCUCCUCAUAUGGCUUUGAAUGAGGAACUGGUGGAUCUUCUAAAUGCGACACCUGGGAAGUGUCUGCAAUAUGUGGUUAUUGAGGGCACUGUGCAGCCCCUGGAGAAGCCCCUGAGCAGUCAAUUUAAAGAAGGAACUUUUGGUGUUAUUCAGAAACUGCUUCUCCGGGAGCAUAAACUGGUAUGGAACAACUUGGCACGCACCUGGAUGGACCGAGAGCGUGUGAUGCAUGAGCGUGUGAGCAGUGUUCCUUUUGCUUUGGUGGGAGGAGAAGGCGCACAAGUGCAGGUGCUUCGUCCACUGGAGGCGUCUGGCCCCGAGAUGGAAACAGUGCAUGAAAAGUUCCACCAGGCAAACUACGGCUUUACUGACCUACUCAGCCAGUAUUUGAGUGGGGAGAAAAGUAAAGGCCAGCUAGAGACAGAGGAAAUGCUAAGGGUGGGUGUAUCCCUCACAGCUGCUGGGGAACUCAUCGUCGAUUCAGACCGGCUGCUUAAACUCCGCCCGCCUACUGAUGGUUCCAUCUACUUCCUGACUACGGCUGACUUUGAGUCACUCCGGCUUGAUCAAGAGAGCCAGGCAUCUUGCUGGCGGGCUCUGGCAGGCACGUUUGCUGUGGUGGGCAUCGCUGUUGUUCUUUGGGCAGGGGUUCGAUAUUAUAUGCAGAUCCAGAGAAAAUGGGAGAGAGAAAAGAUUAAGAAGGAGUUUGAACGAAUAGGAGAGGGGGAGGAGGACCUCGAGAAUGCAUGUGUAAUCUGUUUAAGUAGCCCUAGAGGGUGUGUUUUCCUGGAUUGUGGACAUGUUUGUUGUUGCUACAGCUGCUAUGAGGCACUACCUCAGCCAACAUGUCCAGUUUGCAGGCAGGGGAUCAGGAGAGUUGUUCCCCUAUAUCAGGCCUGAAAAUAAGUGCGCAAGAGAGAGUAGAUUAAGAGCUGUACUGUAAGAGCUAUUAGAUACUGAGAGACAGAGGUCAGUAGGAUAUCCCCUACAUAUCCUCAGACAGAAUGAAGCCAGAGAAAUGGCUGCAAGUGCAAUAAGAGAAAGAACAUCUACAAAGGGGGACACUAAUAGAAAUUAGGUACAACUGGUUAUUCUUUCGUUUAAAACUUCAUCAAUAUUUUUACAUUUCUACAGGCUAGCCCCCACUGUUUUUCUUUGUUGUAGUUCUCUCAUGUUGAAGAUUUAGGUUUUUUUGUCAUGCCCACCGUAAAUAAAAAUAAUGUUGUGUAAGGUGGCUUAUAAAAAACAUGAUUAAAAGCUCAGCUCACCUGAAGUGAAAGGUAUGCAAAGUGUCUCUUAUGAUUAUGCCAGAUUCCUCCAGAAAGACAAAAACUAGUAACAUCUACAAAAAUAUUUCUGUGUACAAUUCUUCCACAAUUUGUUUUUUUGGAAAUGUGAAGUGAUUGAUUAAUGAAAUUAACCUUGAGUGCUUGGUUGUGCUUGAUCUUAUGGCCUAUUAAUCAUGUACUGUAAGUAUAGGUGUGUGCAAGGAGAGUUUAUAAUGCUGUGAUCUUUUCUUUUCAGGACUCUCAUUUCUAGUGGCUACUAAAAUUUUGCCUUUGUAAUGACUUAUAUUUUUAAAUGGAAAACAAUCAAUGGGUGAUUGGUUUUAGAAAAAUAAAUGCUUUGUCAUUUGUGAAUGUAAUCCACAUUUCCACUCAUUCCACAUUAAUAAUCCAUCCAAACA